GAAGAAUAGGAGGCAGCUUGUGAACAGCUGUAUUUUAAGCUGGUGCUAUCCAAACAGCACUGUGCUGAGUUAGAUUCUUGGGAACAUUAAAGAACAAAAUGAAGUGGAAACAAGAUUAUGUCAUUUUCCUGGUCCUGAUGCUUCUUGCCAAGGAAUUUUCUUGUGAAGACUGUCAGUACGGGUCAGGAAUAGGAUAUCGUGGAAGCACAACUGUUACAAAACGGAAUAUAACCUGUCAGAACUGGGAUAGUGACCACCCCCAUGUACCGCAAUACUCUUCUCUCUCAGACCCAGAUAAGGGGCUACAGAGAAACUACUGCAGAAAUCCAAAUAAUGAUAAUGCUGGCCCGUGGUGCUAUACAUCCAGUCCUGCAGUACGAUGGGAAUACUGUAAUAUUCCAAUGUGUGGGUGUGAAGAAUGGGAGAUGCAGAAUAACAGCAUGUGCAUAUGUAAAGAAAUUACAAACUGUGGCACAGCUGGACCUAUUGUAUGUGAUGAUGAAGGCAACCAGUAUCUGAACCACUGUGCCUUUUCUGCCUCAAUAUGUCAUGGCCUCAUUCCUCUUAACAGAACUCAAGGAUCAUGUGGAAAUUGCACUCAUCUGAAGCUAACUCGUGGAGAAGGGGCUGAGGGAGAACAUCCCAAGUAUGGCUUAAUUUCUUUUGAACCAACUGGAGCAACACAUGACGGCAGAACUGUAUACAGAGCGUUAUUAAAAUACAGAACAGAGUUUGUAAUGCAGUAUGAUGUCAAGAUGCAGAGGUGGAUUAUAGGUAAAAGAUCUGAAGAUGGACAGAUUCAUCUGGCUGCCUUCUCUCUAACGAAUGCUACCUGGCCCCAAGACAGCAUAGCUGGCUGGUGGAUAGUAAAUCAUGAUGAUAAUGGAAAUGAGAUUUGGAAAGAAGAUAUCUUUCUACAACUGCAGUGUUUUAUUGAAAAUGCAAACACACCGGGGCCUAGAUUCAUUUGGUUUCUAAUUGCAGCAAUUGUUGUUUCUCUUAUCACCACAACAACAUCUGCUGUGAUUCACACAGUCCAGCAGCAAAAAGGAUGUCUUUGGUAUCCGUCUGUUUGCACCCUUACAACAGAGGUAAGGGAUUUAAGCCGUCUGGCUGAAAGAAAGAAGGAUACAAUUCUGAAAGGAUUUGGGAACCCAAUUGAAAUUAAAAUUGAAAGUAUAGACAUUUUUUCUAAAAAUGGGGAAAUCAGAAGUAGAUUAUACAGGAUAUCUUUGUUGAUGAAAGAGUUUUCUACGGACCGAGAGUUUUUUGACAAUUUAAAAUCAAAUGAAUUCUCAUUUGAUGAUGACCUUCAGAAGGCAGAGGCUGUUAUAUCAUCUUUUGAAUUACAAAUGGAAGGAGAACUGAAAAGUGCAUUAAUUGGUUUUAGUGUACAAGGUGUAUUUUCCAUAGCAGAAAUUACAGUAAUUUCAGCUACAAUAUCAACUGCAACUGCUGUAUUAUCCAUUGUUGGAGGAGUUAUAUCAGUUGCCAUGUUUAUAUAUGAUAUAGUCCACAGUGUACAGAGGGAAAGGCAGGUACGAGAUGAUCUUAUUGAUGCCAAGCAAAAGAUUCUGACUCAUAUAUCAAGGCUAAAUGAAGCGGAAAAACAAAUACAAACAUAUUGUGAACUGACCUGCAAGACAGACAUCUUAUACUUGGGGACAAUUCUUGAGCUGUUAGCUAAUUAUCUUAAAAAUGACCAAAAAUAUGAUGAUAUUCAAAAGUGGAAUAACAAAUUCAAUUCUAUUUUUUUCAGAUAUAACAAAUGCGAUCCAUCCCAAGUUAAUCUAAAACAUUUAAAAGAGAUGACUUAUAUCCAGCAAAACUUAAUUGAGUUUCUUGAUAAAAGAAUAACAGAACUGGGUCAUGCAAUUGAAACUGUUCACAGAUUCCAUAUUUUAAAAGAACAGAUAUUGGAAAAUGUAAAAAAGGAAUAUUCUGUGACAAGAAUAGUUAUUAUACACCCUGAGUUAAAGACUCAGAAAGAUGCUUUAGUUCUUUUAGCCCUGUUACUGCCAGAACAAAAGUGUUAUUGGGGUUAUGACUUGGAAAGUGUACGUAAAAAGGACUUCACAAAUCCCUUGCUUGAUAUACCAGUUUCUAAGAAACUUAUACAAGAGAUAACCACAUAUAUGGAAUUUGAAUUCCCCCUAAACAAGAUAAAGGAUACAUUGUGUUUGAAAUUCAAUCAUUGCAUAUCUGAUGGUGCUGAGCUGCUAUUAACAGCAUUAGCAAGACCUGAACUGCAUUCCUACAAUGAUCACCAUCUCCCAAACUUUCCAUGUCGAAAUUCACUACCAGCUUCUGUUGUGGUGUAUAAUCUUGUCAAAUAAAGCAAUGUAAAUAUAUUAAACGCACACAUGUAACUUGAAAGAAAAGAUACAUAAUUUAUACUGCAAGCGCAUUUAAAAAAAGAAGGGCUUCUGCAUUUAUGAAAUUAUAUCCAAAAUGUAUUGUGUUCAUUAUAGUGUAUAAGUAAUAUAGCAAGAUGUUAUACAUUAGACUUUGCUUCUGAUUUCCACCUGAAGAAUUAAAAAAUCUACCUAACCUUAAGCAGUAAGUAAAAGCAACCAGAAUGCUCCCGAGUUGCGUAUCCAGCUAAGGCACUUCACUGAAAUGCAGGAUGGGCCCUGUAGCAUGGAGAUCGCUGGUUUGAAUCCAGGCUAUGCCAUAGCAAAAUAUGGCUGGGAGUUUUCAGGAAGCAGUGCAAAAUUGGCUAAGAGCCACUCGGGUGAUGAGGGUUUAAGUCAGGUGGGUGAUCCUUGUCUCAGCGUGCAUCGACGACUCCUGUGUUGGCCUGGCACCUGUGAGUUGGCUGUGUUGUAGCAGGAUCUGUGUUUCCUCGUGACAGGUCUGGUUGGCUUGUAGAGUGAAAGAAAGCAGGCGGCCUGACAGCACACGUUCUUGAGGGCGCGUGCGCUUGUCUUCGCCUCUCCGGAAUCUCUGCAGGGUUACAGCAGUCAGACAAGGGCUUAGAAACAAUUGGCCAUUCUAAAUUGGGGAGGAAACGGGGGUAAAAUUCCAAAUGAAAAAACAAAUGGAAUAAGAUGGGAAAGAUAUAGUAAGUCUUGCAUAUACAGUUUAUAUAGUGCUCCAAGUGGGCACUAGGCUUGUGUUUCCGUUUGUUGUAAGACCAUUCUUGUAAUUAAUAAAAACCAAGGUCAAGUCCUGUUUACCUGCA